UCAACAGCGUGUAAAUUGCGUUGGCUUCAACGAGGAUUCCUCUGUGCUGUUUUCAGGCUCGUACGAUGCAACUGUCAGGAUAUGGGACUGCCGAUCGAAGGGAUACGAGCCCAUCCAGGUGUUGAACGAUGCAAAAGACAGCGUUACCACUUUGCAUGUCAGCGGUACAGAUCUUCUCUUUGGCUGUGUGGACGGAACUGUGCGAGUGUACGACAUGCGCAACAGACAGGUGACGACAGACACAGUUGGACAUCCAGUCACGUCAGUCCGACUGUCCAAUGACAAACAGUGCGUGCUGCUCUCUACGCUGCAGGAUCUGCUGGUUGUCUUGGAUAGGUCGAAUGGCCAGGUGUUGACUAUGUUGAAGGGGCACAAAAAUUCCAACUACAAAGUCGACAGCGCCUUCACCGCAAAGGAUGCUUACAUCGUGUCGGGUUCUGAGACAGGAGAUGUGCACUACUGGGAGCUCAUUAGCGGCAAAAAAGUCCACACGAUCGAGACAGGAUCCAGCGGAGUGUACACAAUUGAUUACAACGAGAAAAGGGACACGCUUCUAACUGGUUCAGUUGAGGGUCAUGUCACAUUGUGGGGUCUUGGAAAGACCUAACUAACAAUCUUGACAAUAUACAAACUUUAUACUUUCGUAUACAUAGCAAGAUACAUUCAACACUCGAAACUUGCACGCCGAGCCUUCGCGCCACCAUACGGGUGAGCUGCGAUGAUAUUUGUAGCGGCAUGUCCUUAUCUGGUUCAAUAGACCGCCUGAAGAAUGUCUGGAUAUCGGUAGGACAUGCCCCAAUAUUUAGACCUGCACAGGAAGCGUUGUACGUUACUGACCUGGGAUAUAUACCUACAAUUUAUUUUUAGUACCACCUUACAUGCCUAAAAUUUAUUGAUUGCACCACCGUAUCUGCCUAAAAUCUAUUAACAGCACUGCGACGAACGAGAAGUGUGCAUAGACCAUUCCUGACUGCGUAAGGUGGCAGUUCUUAUCGUCCUGAAAGGUGUUCAAUAACCCAGUGAUCAGUGAAAAUAGGAUGAACGAUAAUGGCUUAUGCAAAGCAUCGUUAAAAGCGCUGCGAUGAGGAGUCUGCUACACAGCUGACUGGGACAUAGAUACUGUGAGACAUUUAUAUUUAAAGGAGUUGUACUGA